GUGAAAGACUAAUAUAUGGAGCUAUACCACUAAACUGGUUUAUAUUUGUAGUGUAGUAUGAUGAUAUCAUAUGAGGGGCGUAUCAUGAACCUUGAGGCAUGCCUGGUUCGUGAUGUUUUUGCGGCAAUUGAAGUUGAUUGCUUCUCAACUUCUAGUAUGCUACAAUAGGUUUAGUAUGAUAUGUCCCUUAGGAAUCCAAACACGGAGAGUUUCCCAAGAGGAAUCUAGUAUGUAGAGGUAUCAGCAGAAAGUGGUAGCAGCAAUGAUUGUUUGGUUGGAGUAGCCAGUGUUGCUUGAUGUUUGUUUGCCAACUGCUUGUCAGUGACAAUGAGCUUUGCUGUCUUUGGAUCUGCUCAGUCACAAAGAGCUACAGUUACACCCAGCCAGUUAUGUGGCAGUUUUGAUUCGUCUAUUGAAUUAUUGAAACUAUGAAUAACCUAAUGCCUAUACUGCUCUGAAGAUCAUGCUGGAGAGACACACAAACCGCCACCGUGGCUUUGGCUUCGUGACGUUUUCAGAUCCACGGGCAGUUGAGGAAGCUAUCAAUGAUAUGCACAACAAAGAGUUGGACGGCCGUACUAUUUCAGUGAACAGAGCUGAGCCCAAGAUGAAUACAGAUGACACACGGUACACCAGUGGUGGUGGUGGCGGUGAACGUGGGGAUUAUCGUGCCCCCAAGGGUGAUGGUCCACUCCCUGGCAACUGCUUUGAGUGUGGCCGUUCUGGCCAUUGGGCCCGUGACUGCCCCAAUCCUGGCAGUGGUCGAUCUGGGCGUUUCCCUUCCAAGUUCAGUGGUGGUGGUGGCGGCGGCAGGGGAGACCGCUUUUCUGGAGCAGACAGGUUUGGUGAUCGUUAUGGGGAUGACCGCUAUGAUAGUGGCCGUUAUGGAUAUCGUGAUGCUGUUGACAGCAGAGACAGGUAUGACGGGGGCCGUGACCGUUAUGCCAGUGACCGGUACCCCGCUGGAGGUGAUCGCUUUGGUGCAGACAGGUAUGUUGCUGCUCCAGAUCGCUAUCAGCCAAGUGCAGGAUACGGCAGGGAGCGGGAGAGAAGCUAUGAGAGAGACCCGGUGCGUGGCAGCGGCGCCUAUGACAGGAGUGGCCCAAGGGGUGGUGCAAGCUAUGACAGGGAUGGCCCUAGGGGUGGCAUCAGCGGUGGCUAUGACAGGGAUGGUCCACGUGGUGGUGGUGCUGACUACGGCAGUGGAGGGCCUGCUCGCUACGAUGGAGGAAGCUACAGGGAGAGGCCUGGCCCGUACGAUCGCCCCAGCAGGGGAGGAGGACGCUAUGAGGAUCGCUUCUAGUGGAGCUGCUACAAGCAAGUUAUGUAUUUGCACUUUAAUCCUUUCAGUUUGGCAUGGGCUGAAUGCUUAAUGGGUACUGUGGAACGGUUAUCUCUAUUCUGUAUUACAGAUGGUACUCGCACUGGUUCAGUUUUAUUCAGCAGACUGUUUUGAUGCUGAGUUCAACCGUCA